AAUAAAUUUUGAAGUUCAUAAAAAAAUUUAAAAUCCUUAAACAAAAUGCCAAAUCCUCCAAUUGGUUUCUAUCCUCAUGUUAAGAGGAGGUGCCUUCAAGUUGCCACAAAUGUCACCGAACAAAAACAUCACGUCACCCGUGAGGCACGUGGCAGAAAUCUCGGUCUCUGUCGUGGUUUCCGUGGCUGCACCGUAUGGUUCACCGGUUUGAGCGGUGCUGGCAAAACAUCAAUUGCUUUCGAAUUGGAAGCCUAUUUGGUGUCCAGAGGUAUUCCCGCCUAUGGCCUUGAUGGUGACAACAUUCGUACCGGUCUUAACAAAAACUUAGGCUUCACCCCAUCCGAUCGUGAAGAGAAUAUUCGUCGUGUUGGUGAAGUGGCCAAGCUGUUUGCCGACAGUGGUGUCGUGGCCAUUUGCAGUUUCGUUUCACCCUUCGCCGAUGAUCGUGAAAUGGCUCGUAAAAUUCACAAGGAUGCCGAUUUGAAAUUCUACGAAAUUUUCGUUGACACACCGUUGAAUGUGUGCGAGUCACGCGAUGUCAAGGGCCUCUACAAGAAGGCUAGAGAAGGUACCAUCAAGGGAUUCACCGGCAUCACUCAGGAAUAUGAAAAACCCGAACAUCCCGAAUUGGUUGUCAACACUGACGGCUACACCAUCAAAGAAUCGACACAAAAGGUGAUCGCCCUGCUGGAGGAGGAGGGUAUCAUUCCCAAGUCCCUGAGAGAUGUUGAAAAAUUGCCCGAACUUUAUGUUCAGGAUGCCGUUAAAGAGGCUAUCAUCAAUGAGGCUAAGUCACUGCCCUCAGUGCCAAUUACUCAGGUGGAACUACAAUGGUUGCAGGUUUUGGCCGAAGGUUGGGCCUACCCCUUGAAGGGUUUCAUGCGUGAAGAUGAAUAUUUGCAAACGCUGCAUUUCAAUUCGAUACUCAGUGAGGAUGGAGCUUUCCGCGAAAAUCAAUCGGUUCCGAUUGUUUUGUCCGUCACCACCGAAAACAAAGAGAAAUUGGAUGGUGUCUCGGCCAUUACAUUGACCUACGAAGGCAAAGCUGUGGCCAUAUUGAGAAAACCCGAAUUCUUCUUCCACCGCAAGGAAGAACGUUUGUCGCGUCAAUUCGGUACCAGCAAUCCUAAUCAUCCCUACAGUAAGAUGGUCAUGGAAUCUGGCGAUUACUUGGUUGGUGGUGAAUUGGAUGUCAUCGAACGCAUUAAGUGGAACGAUGGCUUGGACCAAUACCGUCUAACACCCAAUGAGCUGAGAGAGAAAUUCACUGAAAUGAAGGCUGAUGCUGUUUUUGCAUUCCAACUGCGUAAUCCAAUCCACAACGGUCAUGCCUUAUUGAUGCAAGAUACCAAACGUCAAUUGUUGGAACGUGGUUUCAAAAAACCCGUCCUCCUACUCCAUCCUCUUGGCGGUUGGACUAAGGAUGAUGAUGUCCCCCUGCCAGUACGUAUGGCUCAACAUCAAGCUGUUCUUGAUUCGGGGGUGCUGAGUCGUGACGAUACCGUUUUGGCCAUUUUCCCCUCACCCAUGAUGUAUGCCGGUCCCACUGAGGUGCAAUGGCAUGCCAAGGCACGCAUGAAUGCCGGUGCCAAUUUCUAUAUUGUUGGACGUGAUCCAGCCGGUAUGCCACAUCCCGACAAAUCGAUGUAUCCCGAUGGCAAUCUGUAUGAUGCUACACAUGGUGCUCGUGUACUUAAAAUGGCUCAAGGUUUAGAUAGUAUGGAGAUUUUACCCUUCCGCGUUGCCGCCUAUGACAAGAGCGUCUCACGCAUGGCCUUCUUCGAACCGAAACGCAAGGAAGAAUUUGAAUUUAUCUCAGGUACAAAAAUGCGCACACUUGCCAAGACUGGUGCCAAUCCUCCGGAUGGUUUCAUGGAACCCAAAGCCUGGAAAAUCUUAGCUGAAUACUAUCAAUCACUAAACAAACAAUAG